GUUUUGCGUGCGUCCCUGAGUGAGCCAUCCAUAUACAUAAGCAACCAAACUCUGGUUUUGUCUGAGUUACAUUCAUUCCGCAAAGAGAAGAGAAGAGAAGAGAAAGAAAGAAGAUGGAGGAGUGGUGUAAGUCAAUGCCAAAGGUCGAACUGCAUGCUCACCUCAAUGGAUCCAUCCGAGACUCCACGCUCCUAGAGCUUACGAAGGGUUUGAGUCGAAAGGGUGUCAUAAAUUCAUCCGAAAUGGAACAUAUCAUCAAAAAAUAUAAUCGGUCCUUAAACGAAGUUUUCAAGCUGUUUGACCUAAUCCACAUUCUCACUACGGAUCACAAUACCGUUACAAGAAUCACAAAAGAAGUUAUCGAGGAUUUUGCAUCAGAGAAUGUUGUCUAUCUGGAGUUGAGGACUACUCCAAAGAAAAAUGAUUCCGUGGGAAUGAGCAAACGCUCUUAUGUUGAAGCUGUACUGAAAGGUCUAAGAUCAGUAACUUCUGUUGAUGUGGGUUUCAUUCCACAUUGUGAUGAUUCCAAGAGGAUUUUCACUCCUCUUCCGGCUAUUAAUGGACAUGUGAGAAAAAGAAUCUUUGUUAGGCUUCUCUUGAGCAUUGACAGAAGGGAGACAACAGAAGCAGCAAUUGAAACUGUAAAGCUUGCACUGGAAAUGAGGCAAUUUGGGGUGGUUGGAAUUGAUCUCUCUGGAAAUCCAAGUAUUGGUGAUUGGACCACAUAUUUGCCAGCAUUGAAAUUUGCUCGAGAACAAGGUCUUUGUGUAACACUUCACUGUGGCGAGGUACCUAAUUCAAAGGAGAUAAAAAACAUGCUUGACUUUCGUCCCCAAAGGGUUGGACAUGCUUGUUACUUUGAGGAUGAACACUGGAGACAGCUGAAGUCGUCUAAGAUUCCGGUUGAAAUUUGUUUGACAUCAAACGUUAGGACAAUGACUGUCCCAUCCAUAGAUGUUCACCAUUUUGUUGAUUUAUAUAAAGCAAAACAUCCUUUAGUCCUGUGUACUGAUGACUCGGGUGUGUUCUCUACCUCUCUCUCCGACGAAUACAAAUUUGCUGCUGAUGCAUUUGGGCUGGGAAGGAGGGAAAUGUUUGAGCUAUCAAGGAAUGCUGUUGAGUACAUAUUUGCAGACAGCAGAGUAAAGGAGGAUUUAAGAAAAGUUUUUAAUUCAGUGGCAAAGAAUAUGGAAGUGUAAGCACAAUUUCAUCUUAGAGAGUAUCUGCAUUUAGCAUGACUUAACCAGCCCAGGUAUUACAAUGAUGGACACAAGUUGUAGCAACGUUAGAUAUUAUUAGUAUUAGAGAUUAGCUAACAAUCCAGCUGGGGCAUGCCAUUAUCCGAGAUUAAAAUUGGUGAUCAACUCCUUCACAUGAAAAAAUGUGUAAAGUGAUAAAAAUAAGGGUGCAAGUGUAUGAGUAUUUUAAUUCAUGUCUGCAACAAAGUUAGCCUUUAUUUUCUCAUUAUA